GAAUUGAACGUGUGUAUGUGUGCGCUUUCAAAGCAGGCCAGCCUACUUGGUUUGGCUAUAUAAACCUAGAGGUUUGAGAUGAGGCCACAAAACCAACAGCAGAGGAACAGGAAGGUCCAUCCAUUCAUUGGACGUGUGUAAACUCUACAGAAGCUGAAAAUGAAGGGCAUCCAAGUUUUUGCUGGUCUUCUUUUAUUACUCUUCAUUCAAAACAGCAUUUGUGCUCCACUACAAGAGGAAAGCACGAGCACAGAGACAGUAAGUUAUUUACCGAGAGGUGAAGAUUUCACGACCGUAAAAAGGCAUUCAGAAGGGACGUUCUCGAACGACUACAGCAAAUACCUGGAGACCCGAAGAGCACAAGACUUUGUUCAGUGGCUCAUGAACUCCAAGAGAAAUGGUGGUCCAUCCAGACGUCACGCUGAAGGGACUUACACCAGCGACAUCAGCUCGUACCUGCAAGACCAAGCGGCCCAAAACUUUGUCGCCUGGUUGAAAUCAGGACAGCCCAAACAACAGUCUGCAGACAACAGAGGUGCAAAUCUGAUCCGCAGAAGGCACGUAGAUGGCAGUUUUACCAGUGAUGUCAACAAGGUUUUGGACAGCAUGGCUGCUAAAGAAUACUUACAAUGGGUGAUGAACUCAAAGGCAAUGGGGGCAAGUGGCAAACGGGACGGGAAUUGAUAAAGAACCAAUGGACUUCCCCAUAACAGCUUAAAACUGGAUCCUGUUGGCCUUCAAUCAUCAAAUGAAUGAAAGCCAUAUCGCUUAAAGCCAAAAGUCUGGAAAUCUAAAGCCAUAUUACUAUAACAUAUAUAUUUCUUUUUUAUUUAUUUAUUUAUUUUACAUUUAACUUAAGCACUGAAGUCAUUAUUAUUUAUUCUCCUGUGACUUAAAAACAUCAUGUACCCUAAGUUAUAAGAAAAAUUGAUAUUUUUUUAAGGUUUUUCUAUGUGUGCGAUAUUAAAGGAACAUCAGGUUAACUCAGGUGAAUGCAUUAAAUACUCAGGAAAAACUGAAAAUUUAUUUGUGUCACAACUGUAUCAAAGUGUCAUGUUGAACGGUGUCCUGCUCUGCUAAAUAAACGUUUUCAUAUUCAUCCCGA